AUUCGAAUCAUCUAUAGGCGGAGGGAUAUUUGAGAAUUGCGUUGCUCAAAUAUGAGUGAGGAUAAGUCGGACGAUGUUUUGCGACAUUUUAUCAAACAUACUGAGAAAUCAAAUGUAAGAAGGUCGAUCAUUGUUAAAGCAACAAAGAGAAAAGCGUCCAUUAUUGCACUAGCCGCAUUCGGUUUUGCUUGUGCAAGUUCUUGCUAUCUUUUUUAAAAAGGACGAGAUGAUUCGUACGGAAUACUCGCGUUCUCAGUGAAUAAAUCCUGCAUACAAUGGAGUGAGAUAUAUAGUAUUCAUUAGUUCAUUUAUUAUUAGCACAUAUGUAGGUUUGCAACUAGAUCGCUAGUAGUGGGUAUUUGUAUAAUCAAUCUUUCGCUUAACUCCUUAAAGAGCAUUUAGAUGUCUACUCUUUGUAUGCUAUAAACCGAAACCGAGAGCUUGGUGCUUCAUUCGAUCAACAGCCUUCAUAUACCUCUUCAGAGUGAUUUAGCGAGCUUUAAUAUCAUUUGAUGCUAAUGUGUACUCGGGAAGUUAUCUAUAUUUGUACCUCAUCCUUAGUAAUCGGUUAAAUAUACAUAUAUUCAUAAAUA